GUUCUAUUUCUUAGUGUAUAUUUCAUGCCUGAAUUUGUUAAUCACGAUGAAGAAGGAUGGUGUUCAGUAUGCGGUGAUGUAUUUGGACCCUGCCAGAGGAAGAGAAGAAGGGGUUGAGGAAGAUACAAAGAGAGUGCAGAUCCUGAAAUCAUUAGUGAAAUCGAUUAGAGGAGUUUUCUUAUCACCAAUUAAGAUAUCAGUAACAUUGAGCACAGUGUCUUGGGUGAUUUUGGAUAUAUUCGAAGUGAGAUACAGAUACAUCUACAGUUUCUUCGUGACUACCCUGACGUUUAUUCCAAUCUUCUCACCAUCAAUCCUGGGAAUCCCUGCUGCAUUAUACUUAUACUUCGCACAAGAGGCAGAUUGGAGAAUUGCAGGUCUAUGUUUUGUGUCAUACUACUUCAUAACUUCCAAGAUAUUCACAGAUAUUUACUCGAAUGAGCUCUCAACCGUGAACCCCUUCUUGCUGUUUCUGUCCUUGGUAAACGGCCUUUACGUGUUUGAUAUAACAGGCUUUGUAUACGGACCAAUGCUGAUAUGCUUGAGCCAUGCUACAAUUGAUCUCAUGAGGCCACCCAAGAAAAAUAAGAGAAAUCCUGAUAAAAAUUAUUAA